GCCACACUGUUGCGUUUCAGCUCAGAAGGUCGUCCAUGUUGGAAGAGAGACAGACGUUGGUGUGCUCCUGGAUUUGUUCAAGUACGGCGUGUACUCCUCACGCCCCCGUGCCCCGUUGUUGCAGUCCUGCGCCGGCUGGUUCCCUCCGGCCGCUUCGCCCUCGUGCCCGUCUCCCGCCCGUGAGUGACCGCCGUGUGACCGGUCGCUACCGCUGGGUGGCUCCACUCGUCCAUCCAUUUCCCCGUGCCCGUGCGUGUUUGUGCGUGUGUGCUUGAGUGUGGCAUCACUCACUCACCCGCAUUCCGCCCCCACCUCGUCGCUCGCUUUGCCCGCUUCGAUUCUGUCCACUCAUUGGAUUGAAGACCCGGAUCUUCGCCCUUUUUUCUUUGUCCGUCUCAUCAUGGCCGCCCAAUGAAGAUGUCGCCCGUUUGUUCACGCCCUAUUCGCCGCCGCUGCCGCCGUGUUGCCGCUCUUGCCGGUCUCCGGUCCCGCUCGGGGACCCCCCGUCGUGGCCGUCUAGUCCAUGAGUUCGUCCCCCGGGUUGAUUGCCUUGCCCGUUGCCGCCUCGUCUCGGUCGCUCCCAUUGACGCCCCCCGCUGCCGUGAGCAUGGCCUCCGCGCCGCCUCUGCCACCGUCCGCUUCGUCGGCCCCGCGUUCUUCCUCUCAUCAACGCAACCCGGGCCUCAUUAAUGCUAACGGCGGUCUGGAUGCCAAAAAAGGCGACUCAUUGCCCGGAUUUCACCAUGGAAAGUCUGGCAAGUCGGCUUCAGCCCGACAUCGAGGAUCUCGUGGCCCCAAACCCGACUCCGUUCAAGGUGGGGCCCGAUCCCACACCAAUAGUAACCAACCUCAAACUUAUGGCAAAGGUCGCUUUCAACCCAAGCGGUCUGCUCAACGCCAUUCCUCCGGAUAUCAAUCUGAAGAUUCUGUGGCCUUGGCUGUAGCCCCGGCGGAUGAGUUUGAAUAUGGAUCAGUUUUUAAAUCUGGAUGCAAGAAACGCAAUUUCAACCACUUGUUGAACUUUCAAUAUGAACCCCGCGGAAUCAAUCAACCUCGCCGGCAGACGGGCGAAUAUAACGCUCGUUCGUAUGGAGGCACACGGCGUAAGAAUUCCGGCAACUAUCGACCCAAAUACAAGAAAGAACAAUACCUUCAAGCCAAUUGUCAAUUUGUGGUUCGAACGGAUGGCGACUAUACGGCCAAUCUGACCAAUCCAGAUUGUAUCGUAGACUGGGACUUGGUGGAACAGGUGGGCCUUAAGACGAGUGGUGUACCCUCUUGCCCAAUUUGUUUGUAUCCACCGACGGCUGCCAAGAUUGCUCGAUGUGGGCACAUCUUUUGCUGGUCCUGCAUUCUUCAUUAUUUAGCCCUCUCCGACUAUCCAUCGAGAGACUGCCCAAUCUGCUUCGUGGCCAUUUUCAAGCAGGAUCUUAAGAGUGUGGUGUCCCUGCUCCAUUCGGAUUACAACACGGGCUCCGAAAUCGAAAUGAGACUUAUGCGGCGAGAAAGGAGUUCACUUUUCGCGGUUCCGGUUGGCCAAUACCAUCCGGAGAUCAACAAGAAACACCCGUCCGUCUCGAUGGCCAACAAUUCCUACUCGCAGCUUUUGCUCGCCUCGCCGUUUGAAGUGGCCAACGAGAUCAUUGCCCGUGAGCGCAAUGAAUUGGAAGAACAAUAUCGUUGUGACAAGGAUGAACCGGAGUCGUGCUUUAUCCAAGAGGCCCUCCAAUAUUUAACUCAACGUGAGGCUUUGAUCCGGGCUUGCAAAGGAUUCACUGCAACCAACAAUAUCAAGGGUCAUAGCCUGACUGAAGUGAAGGAGUUGCAAGAGAUCCCUGCUCCUGUGGACAAGCUUGCCAACACCAUGGCCAAUAGCCCAUUGAGUAAGUCUCCGGAUGGUGAUGAGGAUGUUGGUCAGCUCGAACGUCCUCGGCAUCUCAGCUCGAGUAGUGACGGAGCUAGUAGCGUUGAAAUCGAAAUGGAGGACGACGCUAUCACAGCUGAAGAUCUAGACUUGUCGAAUCUUCAGCCCGCCAAUAAGAAUGAGGAAGAUGGAGUCAAUUCAAGCGAAGUGCUCAGCCGAAGCAACGUGCCUAAAGACACGUUCUACUUCUAUCAAUCGGCCGACGGUCAACCCAUCUAUUUGCACGCUCUCAACGUUCAAAUGUUGGUCCAUCAGUUUGGCUCGUUCGAGAACUGCCCUUCAGUGAUCAAGGGUAAAAUUGUGGAGAAGGACAGCACGGCCAUGAGCGAGGAUUUACGGAACAGGUUGCGAUAUCUUCGUCACCUGCCCAUAACUAGCAUGUUCGAGGUGUGCGAGUUGCAACUGAGCAUUCCCGCCCACUUUUCGCCCGAAACCUUGGCCCUAUUCAAAGAGCAGAUCGAAAGCCGGCGUCGAAAACGUGCCCGUCGGGCUCGAGAUGAGAAACGUCGCGAAAAGAAAAUUCAAUUGGAAGAGGACAAGUUGUUGGGCAAGUUCCCUGGAGCCAAGUUGAGGAUUGAGUCCGAGUUCCAUUUCCCGGAGGUUGGACGGGGUCCAGCUUUAUUGGAUAUCGAGCAUCCUACCCUUAACGAAAGCUUUGCCUCCUCAAGAUCAACCGAAUCGUUGGACUCAGUUGAGGGUAAUGUUGGAUUGGCCUCGCAAGGAGUACAAUGGGGAAGACCACGCCCCGUCGACGAGACUAUUCAUGAGUCAGCGCCCGCAAGCAAGAGCUUUGCCACUAUGUUGAGACGUGGCGCACCCAAUCAUUCGAGCGCUUUGAAGAGAAGUGAGACUUUCCCUACUCCUGUUGCCCCUCGACCGACCAACCAUUCGGAUAGCGAACCUGAACCCGAAGGCUAUGUGCCACCUCCCCCGCAAGCCAAGCUGGGCGACUCUUUGGCUCAAGCUUUGGAACAGUUCUCGCUAAAUAAGGCUCAGAAUCCGAUCUCGAAGGAUAAAGGACGCAAGAAAGGCAAGAAGAUGAAGGGCACGAAGUUUAGCUUGACCGGUUAAAAAGAGACCAUUCUAUUGCAAAUCUUGCUUUCCCAGAUGUAAUCAUUGAUCCAACUUCUUACUCAUCACAGAUUAAAUGACAUUUUUUUUUUCAUUUUACCAUUUUGCAAUUGCAAGUAAAUUUGGAUAUGCGUUCAUGCACUAUGACCACGCUAUCCAUAAAGAGGUAUUCGAUCGAGUCCCUGGCGCGGUAUUGAUCCCCGUAAACUGAUCGAAGUCCAUGGGUUUUUUUUCUUGGGGGAGUUCAUUUGCUUUGUGUCAAAUUCAAGAAUAUUGAUAUGUCGAGCAAAUUUGUUGGCCUUUUCUUCAAAGACCAACUAGUCUGUGAUACAAGUAACCGUGAGAAGUAAGGAUUAACAAUAUCUUUGUAAUCAAAUCUAUUCUAAUAGUGUAAAUAUCUGUUGAGCACAACUUUGUCAUGGCUGGAAAAGGUUCUUCACUGAUUUAGGUUAUGACCAAAAAAGAUCAAAUAAACGGUGUCUACGCUAUUAUGAA